AUGCAGACUCGCCUGUUGUUCGUCCUCCUCGCGCUCUUCUGCGCGCUCCUCAUUGACGUCGCCGGCGCUACCCCCGUGCGCGUCGUCAAUGAACGCCAGGCCGCGAAACGCUCCCUCAAGCAGUUCGAGAUGAAGCGUCGCGACGGCUCGACCCCGGCCAGGUUCGCGAAGCGUGGCGAGCCCUCCGGCGUGUGGAAGCGUGGCGAGCCGUCGCAGGUUGCGAAGCGUGGAGAGCCCUCUGCGGUGUGGAAGCGGGGUGAACCCUCUGCUGUUUGGAAGCGCGGAGAGCCCUCUGCUGCUUGGAAGCGUAGCCCGUCGUUCGCUGCUCCUACCCCGGCGUAA